AUGGCAAGACAUGCACUGCGAAAGGGCCAGUCGGCCGCCAGCGCCGCCGCCGCCGCCGCCGCCGCCGCCAGCGCCAGCGCCGCCGGCUGCGUCGCAUUUUUCAGGGUCCGUCGAGCUUCUCUUCUUAUCUGGACGGCUUUGGAAGUCGGCGGGCCGGCCGGCCGGCUGGCAGCGGGCCGGUCGCCGUCCGCACGCGUCCGUUCGUUGUUAUGCAUUGGCGUCGCCGUCGCGGGACUGGCUCGUGUUUGUCUAACGGCGACAGACAGGGGCGGCGCGAGCCUGAGUGGGGGCGUGGGAAGUGUGGACACGGAAGGGGAGGGGCCGACCGCCGCCGCCCACUCACUACAGCACCCCCGAAGUGACGAGUCUGGCGACAGAGGGGGCGGAGCUGCGGGCCAUCAGGGCCCACCGUCUGGGUACAGGCGUACUGGGAGAGCACGACACACUGAAGCUGCCAUCGGCGGCCCGCAAGCGGGGUGGAAGCUAAAAUGA